CUUUUUUUUCAGUUGUUUUUCAAUCGGAGAUGUGAUAAGAUGGUUAGGUUAUAAUGAAUAGGUUACAUCACCACUGUUAUGGUUUACCCCCAAACCACACAUACACCGUACGUGAACCUUUCCCAAGUAUUUACGAAUCUGUGGAUAAACCAUCGGUCUAUUCUAAGGUGCGAAAAAAUGUCUCCUGGAGAUGUGCCGCAAUCACCAGUGGAAUUAUAACCUUAAUCUUAUCUGGAGUACUAACUUAUACACUUUACUUAAUUUCUCUUCGUUAUAACAAAAUUGACUGUUUGUCCCCUGACUGUGGUGGACAUGGCGUCUGUUUUAAUGGUAUUUGCUUAUGUGAUAAAGGCUGGAGAGGUUCUGAUUGUACUGAAUUAGAAUCUGAAUCAUUACGAUGUUUACCUGAUUGUUCACAUCAUGGUACUUUCAAUAUUGAUACUGGACAGUGUAUUUGUGAACCCAAUUGGUCAGGAAUUGAUUGUUCAAAAGAAAAAUGUGACCUCAACUGUGGAUCCAAUGGAUUUUGUCAAAGUGAUAGAUGUGUUUGUAAUGAAGGUUGGACUGGAUUUAAAUGUGAUCAACGUUUGUGUGACCAGCGAUGUUUAGAUCAUGGUCAAUGUAACAAUGGAACUUGUUUCUGUAAUCAAGGAUGGAACGGAAAAUUGUGUACAUUAGAGGGUUGUCCAAAAAAUUGUAACAAUCGUGGUGUUUGUGUUGAACAAAAUGGUGAAUAUUUUUGCUCAUGUAAUGUUGAUUGGCAUGGAAGUGAUUGCUCUUUCCCGGUGGAAAAAGAGUGUGGAGAUAAAAUUAACAAUGAAAAUGUUGAUUGUUUAGAUCCUAAUUGUAGUGGACAUGGUGUUUGUGUUAAAGGUCGAUGUCUUUGUGGCAGAGGCUGGAAAGGUGGUGAUUGUUCAGAAAUUGACUUAGAGCUAUUAAGAUGUUUACCUGAUUGUUCACGACAUGGAAGCUUUAAUAUUGAAAAUGGACAGUGUAUUUGUGAGCCUCACUGGACGGGAGUUGAUUGUUCACAAGAAAAAUGUGACCUCGAUUGUGGACCCAAUGGAAACUGUCAAAGUGAUCGGUGUGUUUGUAAUGAAGGUUGGACUGGAUUUAAAUGUGAACAACGUUUAUGUGACCGUCGGUGUUUAGAUCAUGGUCAGUGUAACAAUGGAACUUGUUUCUGUCACCAAGGAUGGAACGGAAAAUUGUGUACAUUAGAGGGAUGUCCUCGAAAUUGUAACAAUCGUGGUGCAUGUGUUGAGCAAAACGGUGAAUAUUUUUGUUCCUGUAACGCUGAUUGGUAUGGAAACGAUUGUUCAGUUCCUUUGGAAAAAGAGUGUGGAGAUAAAAUCGACAAUGAUAACGAUGGUUUAACUGAUUGUGCUGACAGUGAAUGUUGUUCAUCAAAGGAUUGUAUUAAUAAUCCAUUGUGUCUUAAAUCAGCUGAUCCACUUGAUAUCCUAUUACGUAAACAACCAUUAUCACCAACAGCAUCUUUCUUCCAACGGAUGCAAUUUCUAAUUGAAGAUGAUUCAGUUCAAAGCUAUGCCCAUAGGAAGGCCUUCAAUGACAGUCUCUUUUGGACGCGAUUCAAUUCAAGCCAAGUUUCUGUUAUUCGUGGUCAGAUAAUCUCUCCCUCAGGCAAUGGCCUAAUGGGGGUUAGAGUGGGUGUUGUUAAUGAUCAAUAUUUGGGUAUUGUUGUCUCCCGAGAUGCUGGUUGGUUUGAUAUUAUGGUUAACGGUGGUUCUGCAGUGACCCUUGAUUUCCGCCGGGAUCCAUUCAAACCAAUCCAACGAACAGUUUUCGUCCCUUGGAAUCAAAUUGUGGUCAUUGGUCAAAUUACAAUGGAUUCAGAUGAAAUUAAAACACCUGAUUAUCAUCGGUCAUCUAUUUGUGUUGAACAUGAUUAUGAAAUGAUGAGACCAACCGUUAGUGGUACCUGGAAAUCGGGUUUUAAUGGUGUCUCAUCUGUGAAAAAAAUGAUCCUCGAAGAGGGUAAAAUUGUCCAAGAAAAUAUCGGUAUCCCAGGAACCGAUGUUAACCUUAUCUACUAUUCUCAUCGUGCAUCAGGUUACAUGUCAACAAUUGACCUUAAUCUUACCCCUGAACGGAUACCAUUAACCUUACGAUUAGUUCAUCUUAAAAUAUCUCUUGAAGGUCAUUUGUUUGAGAAAGUUUUCGAAGCAAUUCCUCAUAUUGAAUAUACUUAUUCAUGGAAUCGUCGUAACGUUUAUCGUCAAAAAGUGUACGGUGUAUCCACUGCAACUGUGUCGGUUGGUUAUGAAUACCUUAAUUGUCAGCAGGUCAUCUGGGAAGUUCAAACAGUUCAAGUAGCUGGACAUGAUAUGGUCAUUUCUGAGGUUGGAGGUUGGAAUCUUGAUAUUCACCAUCGGUACAAUUUCCAUGAAGGAAUAUUGCAAAAAGGUGAUGGGUCAACACUUUAUCUUAAAAAUUUACCACACACAAUGACCACAGUAAUGGGAGAUGGUCAACAACGGCCACUUCAUUGUGCCUAUUGUAAUGGUCUUGCAAUUGAACAACGUCUCCUUGCUCCGGUAGCACUUACCUCGGGUCCCGAUGGAUCAAUUUAUGUUGGUGAUUUUAAUUUAAUCCGACGUAUCACGCCCGGUGGACAAGUGACCACUAUCGUUGAACUUUCAGCUUCUCAGGUUGCCUAUCGUUAUCACCUAACAAUUGGUCCAGUUGAUGGUAAACUUUACAUCUCAGACCCAGAGAAACAUCAAAUUCUACGAUCUAUUAAUAACUCUAAUCCAUCUGAUCCUCGUUUCAAUCUUGAGGUUGUUGUUGGCUCAGGUGUUAAAUGUUUACCUGGAGAUAAAAAUCUCUGUGGUGAUGAUCGACCUGCUCGUAACGCGCGUCUUGCUUAUCCAAAAGGUAUUGUUAUCAAUCUUAAUGGUGAACUAUUCAUCGCCGAUGGUACUAAUAUCCGUUACGUUGAUGUAUCUGGAAUCAUUCAUACACUAAUUGGUGAUCAUUAUCAUAAACUUCACUGGAAACCUUUUCCAUGUACUGGAACUACUCCCAUUCAGAAAGUUAAUCUUCGCUGGCCAACCGAAUUAGCAAUUAAUCCACUUGACAAUUCACUUCAUAUUCUCGAUGAUCAUAUGAUACUUAAGUUGACACCCGAUCUACGGAUCCGUGUGGUCGCUGGACGACCUACUCAUUGUUCAUCAGUGAUAACAGCACAAGAAGAUCCAGAGUCCAAGAAAGAAGCUGAAAAUUUACUUGGAACUCAAGUUUUCCUGGAAACACCACAAUCAAUGGCUUUUUCAACCAAUGGUAAUCUUUUUAUUGCCGAAAGUGAUUCCCAGAUGAUUAAUCGUGUUAGAAUUGUAACCGUUGAUGGUCGUAUUGUUAAAUACGCUGGAAUGGAUUUAGAUUGUUCUUGCAUGGAAAACAAUUGUGAAUGUUUUAAUUCAGAAGUUACAAGUGCAAUCAACUCAAAAAUGUCAGCUAUCCCAUCGAUAACGGUUACACCUGAUGGACGAUUGUACAUUUGUGAUCAAGGUAAUCUACGUAUUCGUGCAGUUCAUUCAUCUCUUCCAACUCUUGAUGGAGAUCAAGAAUACACGAUAACAUCACUAGAAUCCCUUGAAAUGUAUACUUUUAAUCGUUUUGGUCAACAUUUAUCAACGAAAAGUUUAAUUACAUCAUCAUCACCAUCGUCUAGUGGGUCAACAUCUAAUAACAAGAAAACAAUUUACACUUUCAGUUAUAAUGUUAAUACCUCAUUUGGUAAAUUAUCUUCUGUAACUGAUUCUUCUGGUAAUAAGAUUCAUCUAUUCCGUGAUUACUCAAAUCUAGUAAAAUCAAUUGAAAACUCAAAGGGUGGUAAAUGCUCCCUCACGAUGUCACGAACAAAAAUGUUAUCCACCAUAACCUCAUCCGAUGGAUUUACAUAUAACUUUGAAUAUAAUGAAUCAACUGGAUUAAUUAAAUCUCGCCUUGACUCUAUUGGUGUUAAUUCAAUCUUUUAUCAAUAUAAUACCUAUGGUAGAUUAACAAUGGCUGUUAAUCCAUCUGGUGAAUCUCUUAACAGUGGAUACAGUUUAACUCUAGAAGGUGUAACUGUAAAGUUAAUUAAAAAUCUAUAUGAUCUCAAGAUUAAUUAUAAUAAUAAUAAUGUUUUUAAGCGUGACAAAAGAUCCCUGAUCAGCUGAUUCAUCUUUAAAAGUGUAACAUAAUUUAUCAUCAUCUUCAUCAACUUUGUAUUCUAUUAAUUCCUUGUCAAUCUCAUCUGUAAGAUAAACUUCAUCAUCUUCAUCAUAAAAGAAUAAUUUUAAUUGUGAAUAUGUAAAUUGUACAUAAUUUUGGAUACCAAUGGUCAGAUAAGAUGAUUAACAUCACCUUAUCUUCCAUGGUUAAACUAAUUAACAAUUAAACUUUGAUAAUCUUA